AUGGCCUCAGAGAAGGAGAAGGAGAUCACCCCUGGGCAAGACCACGGCCACCUGCGCUCGGUGGCAUCUUUGUUCGCCUACCCUUUCCAAAGUACACGGGUCACCAAAGAGGCACCAUCGCCCGCAGACACGAGCGAAGAUACCACACCUGAAGAAGGAGCCCAGAAGGGUUUACGAGAAGAAAAGGUUGAUGAUGAUUGGAUCCUGCUCACGGAAGGGAUGGAUGCUGUCGUCGUCUGCGGCACAGCAGCAGCAGCAGCAGCCCGUGACACUCCCGCCGAGCCGACCGGCGCCCCCGAGACGACGAGCCGCGCCGCCCAGCAUGUGGCCAAGCAGAUUGCGGAUUUCCAGGAAAAGCGCCACUACAAGACAGCAUCAAAGAAAUCAAAGGGCAAGCAACCCGCGACAGUAGCAUCAUCAUCGGCAUCGGUACCGCCACCACCACCGCCGCCAGUGGACGGUCCGCGAGCAAGGCUGCCGCCAGAGGACCGCAGAAGGAUGGAAAUUCUGGAGAAGCUCACCGAGAACAGGCGGAGGGUCCGAGCCGGGGUCCCUCUCGACGAUCUGCCUCGCGACACGACCACGACGCGCAGCCACGUCGACUACAUGUCGACGACGGAAGCUCCGCCCUCUCAGCCCAUGUACUCCGCCGAAGUAAGCUACGCCGCUGGUCCUGCCAUGGGCUAUGGCGCGUACCCCUCAGGACAGUCUGACGCGUACCUCUUCGACCCGGCACUGUAUUGUCGUCCAUCAAACUAUCCGUCGUCUAAUGCCCGAGACCCGAACGAAGGGUUCUCGCCAGUGUACAUGUACACUGAGGCGUACAAACGGGAUCAAGACACACUGCUGCCGUACGGGCCUGCUGCGGAUGAGCCGUCCUCGCAUUAUCCGUACUAUCAGUAG